AUGUAUAAUAUAACAAGAGGACAGGUAGAUCAUGAUAUAAAUAAUUAUUCUAAAUACCAAAAAUUAAAUUGCCUCAUUCAUCAAGCAUUUGAAUACAUGGUAGUUAAUGACAGACAAUAUGUUUCAAUCAAUUGGAUACACAUAAAUAAUCAAGCUUCAUUUUGGGAGUGUUUACGAUAUUUUGAAGAUUUAUCUGCGUUAGAUCCAUAUGCAAAGUCUAAUCUGUCUAUGAGUGAAGAUAAUGAUAAUGGAUAUAGUCAAACAGGAAGCAUCUUUGAAACAAUACUUGACAGAAAAACAGGUGCUCUCAAGAUGGUUGCUCUAUAUAAAGGUGAGAAUAAACUAGAAGAACUACUCAAUGAAAUCAAGAUAUACAUUGGACCUCUCAAAGAUAUUCAAGGUAUUUACAUACCAAGACUUCUAAAAUUUGGGGUUCUUUAUGAGACGUUUGUCUUUGUUCUUACAUCUCUUGCUGAAGAAACUUUUGCGAAUAUGGGAGAUAAUAUUACAAGAAAAGAAAAGCAGUUAGCCAUUAAGGGCUUACAGGAAUUACAUUCGAAGGGAGUGAUGCAUAGAGACAUUAGAUUAGAAAAUAUAAUGGUGAAGAGAAUGAAUGAGGAUUCAACUUCUUGUGUGUGGUGGAUUGACUUUGGAUGGAGCAAAAUGACAGAUAAUGUGAAAGAUUUGGACAAGGAACUAACCAAGUUAAAAUAUUUGCUUGGAAUGGUAAACACAAUAUAA